CUAGGUGGCCUUUCUUCUACUGCUGGUUUAGAUUCCAAUUCUGAUACUUAGCAUUUAAACUACAAAAAUUCUCACCUUCGCAAGCCUACAACUCCAUAAUUUCUCUAAAGGUUCCAUUCUAUCAGGAGCAGAGGACACUUCUUGUUAUGGAGCUUUCAUUAUUGUUGCGUGCUUUCUUUGUGUUCAAGACUUGCUUUUCAAUUCUAAUGGUUUCGUGUGACCCCACCUCUCUAAAAGGAAGUGCAGAUUCAUGUCCAUUCCCAAGCAACUUCCUCUUCGGAACGGCUUCUUCUUCUUAUCAGUUUGAAGGUGCUGUCUUAAGUGAUGGCAAAGGCAUCAACAACUGGGAUGUUUUCACUCAUAAGCCUGGUAAAAUAGAGGAUGGAAGUAAUGGAGAUGUUGCUGUUGAUCAUUACCAUCGGUACCCGGAAGAUGUAGAUCUCAUGGAUUAUAUAGGAGUCAACACCUAUCGUUUCUCUAUAUCAUGGGCAAGAAUUCUUCCAAACGGAAGAUUUGGAAAUGUGAAUAGAGCUGGCAUCAAGCAUUAUAACACCUUAAUAAACACUCUUCUGCGUAAAGGCAUCCAACCCUUUGUGACAUUGACUCACUAUGACAUCCCUCAGGAACUGGAAGAUAUAUAUGGAUCUUGGCUGAAUUCCAAAGUGCAGGAGGAUUUCAAAUAUUAUGCAGAUAUAUGUUUUAGAUUCUUCGGGGACCGGGUUAAGUAUUGGGUCACUUUCAAUGAGCCGAAUGUAGUGGUGAUUCGUGGUUACAGAUCAGGGAUUUACCCACCAUCUCGCUGCUCCAAACCAUUCGGGAAUUGUAGCAGUGGGGAUUCAGAGAAAGAGCCUUUCAUUGCGGCCCAUAACAUGAUCCUAUCCCAUGCUGCUGCUGCUGAUAUUUAUCGAACCAAAUACCAGAAAAAGCAAGGAGGUAGCAUUGGAAUUGUUUUGAAUGCUUUGUGGUAUGAACCCAUCAGCAACUCCUUAGAAGACAAGGCAGCAGCUGGGAGAGCUCAAUCUUUCUACAUGAACUGGUUCUUAGACCCAAUUAUACACGGGAAAUAUCCAAUGGAAAUGCGUGAAAUUCUUCAAUCUGAUUUGCCUACAUUUUCCAAGCACGAUUUGGAGAAGCUGAAGAAUGGAUUGGACUUCAUUGGCAUCAAUCACUACACCAGUUUCUACGUAAAAGACUGCAUAUUUUCUCCUUGUGAACCGGGACCAGGAGCUUCUAAAACGGAAGGUUUUGCUUUACGAACUGCUCAAAAGAACGGCAUCUUCAUUGGAGAGCCGACGGCAGCUGACUGGCUAUUUGUCUAUCCUCAAGGAAUGGAAAAGAUAGUGACGUACAUAAAAGAGAGAUAUAACAACACUCCAAUGUUUAUAACAGAAAAUGGGUUUGGCGAGAAUGAUAAUCCCAAUUCCACCAUGGAAAUUUUACUUCAUGAUGUCAAGAGAGUGGAGUACAUGAACGGCUACCUAGAAGCUCUAGCAAAAGCUAUGAGGAAAGGAGCAGAUGUAAGGGGGUAUUUUGCUUGGUCCUUGCUUGACAACUUUGAGUGGACAUCUGGAUAUACUCUUCGGUUUGGGCUUCACCAUGUAGAUUAUGCAACUCUCAAGAGAACUCCAAGACUAUCAGCGACUUGGUACAAAGAGUUCAUUGCUAGCCAUAAGGCACAAAAUGCUAGUGCUCGCUCAGUUCUAAUCAAGAAAAAGAUAUUAGAAAAGGAGCAGAUGUGAGGGUGUACUUUGCCAGGUCCUUGCUUGACAACUUCCUGUGGACGUUUGGAUGCACA